AUGAAUCAAGUCAUUGCAAAUAGCGAAUCAACACCAAAUUUCUUGAAUUUAUUUAUGGCAGUUGCUGUUUUUUUAUCGAUAAUUCCAGAUAUGAUACGUAGAAAGAGAGAAAAUCAAAAAUUUUAUCAGGAAAUUCCAAUGAAAGCGUUACUUCUCAUUCCAAUUUGUGCUAUGAUUGAUUUAAUUCAAAGUCUCGUGCUCAGUGUAACUAUCAAAAAAGUUUCUAUCUCAACAGGCUCUAUUUUAUACCUAUUCGACACUUUGGUAAUUAUUUUAUCGAAAAAAUUCAUAUUAAAGAAAAAAAUAUUUGGAUUUCAACUGUUUGCAGUCUUAUUAAUGGAUGCUGCCAUGAUGUUGGUGCUUAUUGCUGAUUUUAAAGAUCCGAAAAAUGACACAAAUUUUGAACAUAGUGAAUUUCUAAUGUUAAUCGGAAUUCACUUGAUAUGCGAACUUUUAAGAUCCGUUAAGUUAUUGAUUCUUGAAUAUAUAUACGAAAAUUAUGAUAUUUCAUGCGAAAGAUUUAACUCAAUUGCAGGAUUAUAUGAAAUAUCAGCAACCUUGUUCAUAAUAGCACCACCUUUGAACUUUCUCAAUUGCAAGAAUCCUUUCCAUGAAGAUUUCUGUAAGGAUUUCAGAAAUUUAGGUCUUUCUAACGCCUUAAUAUUUAGUUGCUUUACAUAUUUAUUUGUUUCUGUAUUUGUUAAUAUAUUCUUCAUGCGUUGCAUUUAUUACUCAACAUGUUUAUCCAUUAAUGUGUCUGAUGCCGUAUCUGCUGCACUUAUAUGGGUCAUUGAAACAGCAUACAAAGGAAUCAAAUCCGAAAAAGGAUGGACCAACUAG